GCGAGUCUUACUGCGCAUAGUACACCCGACGAGGACGAGGAGGUGUUACAUAUGAACAGCGAUGUUGGCGCAGAGGCGGCGGCGGACACUGUUGAUCAAGAUGCGUGGGAACGGGAGAUGGAAAUGAUGUUGGAGCAGAGAGACAGUCGCUCCCGCAGUCGGUCGUUCAUUGAAAUGCACAACAGCAGCGUCCGACCGCACCCACAGGUUGACAAGUUGCCGCGACCGCAAUCGUUGGGAACGACAGGGUUUCGGUCGGCCCAGGUCGACGGAACCUCUCGCGCAAGGGGCGCUACAGCAGACGACGAAUCCCACGAUGAUGAUGGGUACUCGUACGACGAUGAGGGGAGUGUAGCCAGGCAAGCGGCGAGAUCGACCAAGUUGUACUUGGCAGGGUCGGCCCCGGUGGAUUUGGACGCUAUCGCCAUGAUGCAAGACGGUCUCCAUGGAUGUGGUAGCAAUCGAGCUGCUCAGCACAUUGAAGCAGGGCCUCUGAGCGCCAAGGCGUUGGAUAUCUUGUCCCAGGGGUUGGCCAUGCGUGCAGACGACUCGGCCGAGCGGCGGAGCAUGACAGAGGAAGAGCUGGAGGAGAAGAAGAUGGCGGAAGAGGAAGCCAUCAAGCUACAGCAGGAGCGCGAGAUGCCUUCGUCGAUUGGUGUCGUGGAGGAGGCCCCUGUCGACGUCGCGGUCGUGUCGUCCGCGAUGGCAUCUUCGGGCCGGGUCAAGAAGAAAGGUUCGCUGGGGAAGGCGUUCUCAGGCAUCAAAACCAAGAUGUUUGGCAAGAAACCCAAUGGCUUGGCGUCAGAUGCACCAUCCUCGUCAUCAUCCUCGUCGAAUCGCAGCUCCAUCACUGCCGCCAUCGGCACGUCCAGACCCGCGGGUCCGCUCGCCCAUCGCCGCGCAUCGUCGUCGGCCAUGCCCGAGUAUGCAGGCCGGCCCGGUGACCAAGCCAAGCGCAAGCCAUACAAAAUCAAGCUGUUGCUGCUGGGGGACAGCGGGGUGGGGAAGACGAGCCUCAUGCGCGUGUUUUCUGGCGACGAGUUCUCGGAAUCUAUGCUUGCGACCGCGGGAGUGGACUUUAAGGUGCGCAGCUUGACCCUCGAGGACGAAUACGACGUGGCGCUGCAGAUAUGGGACACUGCGGGGCAGGAGCGGUUUCAUCGCAUUACGUCCACGUAUUACAAGGGCGCGAAUGGGAUCAUUCUCGUGUACGACGUCGGCGACAAGCGCGGGUUUGACAAUGUGGGCUACUGGAUGAAGAACAUUCAAGAGCACUCGCCGUCCAACAUGCCUGCGAUGCUGCUCGUGGGCAACAAAAUCGACCUGGCGACCCGAGUGAUCGUCACAGAGAUGGGCCAAGCCGCCGCCGAUGCAUAUCAUUGUCGAUACAUGGAAACAAGCGCCAAAACGUGUGAAAACACGUCGAAUGCCCUGGAAACCAUUGCACGGGAUGCGCUGAUCAUGACCAUCAACAGUACCAUCUUCCUACUCGAGAGUUUUUUGCGCUAAACCGAACGACCUGUGUGUAAUAGCUGUGAUAACUCAAAAGGAGCUACUCGAGCGCGAACAGCAGCAGCACGGCGCCCCCCUCAACAAAGAGAACUGCGUCAUCUCGUAAGAACCGAGGCAGAUGCCUACUAUUACACCACACAGCUGUGUGUGUCCGUCCCCAUCCACCACAACGCGGCCCUUCCGUGUUGUUGUACCUAUGUAACGAACCAGAUAUAUCCCCUAAAUGAACACCCCCCCUCUCGUUUGAAUAUAAUGUAUAUAUCGC